GUCCCCUUGGUUCAGAGGCCAUCUCAGGAGCGAAGGUGAGUGGUCCGAUGUCCGUGCUCAUCGCCGGGAACAGCUCGGCCAACCUGACCUGCAGGGCGGAUUCCGGCCAGGCGCAGAGCGUCCGCUGGAAGCAGGACAGAGCUGCCUUCGGCACCGGGGCCCGCCGGUUCUUCUCCCCUGACAUGAGCUCCAUGCUCAUCAGCCCGCUGCAGAAGGAGGACAACGGAGAGUUCACCUGCAUGCUCACCAACCCCAUCAACACCGACAGCGCCUCCUAUAGGAUGGUGGUCAACUACGGCCCUGAGGCGGCCCGGGUGAUCGGGGAGUCUGCUGUGGAGGUGGAAACCAAGGUGGUGCUCACCUGCUCCGCCGACUCCGUGCCCCCCGCCAACUUCACCUGGAAGUUCAACGGCACCAAGACCGACGUCAAAACGGCCCAGUAUCAGAUCGAGGCGGCUCGCUACAAAAACAGUGGAAUGUACAUGUGUGAGGCGCACAACACCGUCACUGGCAAGACCAGCACCCACACACACACCCUGUCCGUCAAAGAGGAAGGAGCGCUGGAUGAAGGUCUCUCAGACGGAGCCAUCGCUGGGAUCGUGAUCGCAGUCCUGAUCGCUCUCGGUGCCGCCAUCGCACUACUCUUUUUCUGCAGACAGAAAGUGCCGUGAGUACUUUAAAUCUUCAUCUGGACUGUGUGAUGACCCU